GUAGACUGGUCACACUCACAGCCAAAACAUACGCAAACACAGGCAGUGUGUCUGUACGCGCACUGCGCUCUUAUUCGAUCUUGCGGAUCUUCAUCACACCAAUCUUGAUACAACGUACUGUAUCCGUAUCCGAAUCGAAUAUCGGGUGCUGCCAGCACAGGACAGAAGGGCGUUAGGGAACGAGCGCGACAUUGAUCUACCCAGUCUGUUGCAACCUUGCAAGCAAUCCGCCUUCUUAUCAAUCCCAGGGGAAUAUUUCGGGCGCUGACAGCCCAUCCUUGCAUCUCAUACAAAAAGCACUUCGCACCUCUUGCAAGCCAUCACCUUAAUCCCAUACCCCAUCUCGAGUCCCAUCACAACUCAGACAACGCACCCGCACGAAACGAAACCACACGGAAUUUCAAUAAUUGAAUUCGCCAUUAAGCCAACUUAGGUGUUCAAUCUCUGUCCCGAGCUAUGGAGAAUGACCCAGAAUCGAAUCCACCGCUCGACCAUCUAAAGACCGCCGAUCAGGUCGCUCAAGAUGCGCAGGAUCUCGCCUACCUCGGCCAUGACCAGGCCCUUUCGCGAAAAUUCAGCAGAAUGAGCAUGCUCUUCCUCGCCAUAUCCGUCCUGGGAACUUGGUCUACAUUUGCGCAAGGACUUUCGAGCGGCAUCACCAGCGGCGGACCAGUUGCUAUUCUCUGGGGCCUCGUCCUCGUCCUGUUUUGCAAUAUCUGCGUGGCCGUAUCAUUGGGAGAGCUCUGCAGUAGUAUGCCCACAGCUCUGGGACAGGCGUACUGGAUAUUUCGUCUGUGGCCGUCUGGCCGCUUUGUGUCCUACCUCUGCGCAUGGAUCAAUACUUUUGGAUGGUGGACGCUUUCUGCCUCACAAGUUGCUUUCAUGGCCAACUUUAUCUUGAGCAUGAAGGUUCUCUUUGUGCCGGACUGGUCCGAGGUCAGUGUUGGAUGGAUCAACUUUCUUCUAUAUCUUGCCGUCACUCUGGUGGUUACGGUCGCCAAUCUCGUUGCCUGCCGGAAAGAUGCUAUCCUGCCGGCGUUCAACAACUUUGUCGGCAUCUGCUUUAUCGGACUCUUCUUCAUCUUCAGCCUGGCCCUUCUCAUCUCCGUUGGAGUCAGACCAAACUUGCAGUUCCAGCCAGCCUCAUUCGUCUUUGGACAAUGGAUCAACCAGACUGGUUGGGGAGACGGGGUGACCUGGUUUACAGGCCUUCUUCAAGCUGCAUAUGGGUUGACGGCCUUUGACUCUGCUGUCCAUUUGGCUGAAGAAAUCCCGGCACCUCGCAAAAAUAUUCCGCGCGUCAUUUGGCUUUCAGUCACACUGGGAGCUCUUACUGGGUUUAUCUUCAUGGUGGUGUGUUUGUUCUGUAUCCAGAAUCUUGACACCAUCCUGAACCCUCCUACUGGUCUGCCUUUCAUGGAUCUCGUUCAUGAAGCUGUCGGACUCCAGGGGGCAACUGUCCUGCUCUCCCUAUUCAUCUUCAAUGGUCUUGGUCAAGCUAUCAGUAUUGUCACCACCGCCUCUCGUCUAACCUGGGGAUUUGCGCGAGAUGGCGGAAUGCCCUGGAGCAGCUACUUCUCUAGGGUGAAUGAGGCUUGGCGUGUGCCGGCUCGCGCAUUAUGGCUUCAGGGGGCCAUUAUUGGCGUUGUUGGCGUGCUCUACACGUUUGCCAACACGGUGCUCGAGGCGAUUCUCAGCGUCAGCACAAUCGCCCUUACGAUAUCUUAUGGGAUGCCCAUUCUGACUCUCCUACUCGUCGGGCGAGACAAGCUUCCGCCUGGAGAGUUCAAAUUGGGACGCCUCGGCCCGGCAAUCAACUGGAUCUCCGUCAUCUACUGCGCUAUUACUACGGUGUUUUUCUUCUUCCCAUCGGCACCCAAUCCAGCACCAGCUGAUAUGAAUUACGCAAUCGCAGUCUUUGGGGUCAUGAUGGUGGUGACUCUGGGCUUCUGGUUCAUCAAGGGGCAGUACACGUAUCUCAAGACGGAUGAUGCGGCAGAGCGAAUCAUUGAGGCUCAGAAUGCCGAGGUGACUAUUGCUCCGGUUCCUCGCAAGGUUUAA